UCAGAUCGUCACAUGUAUACAAGCGAUGUAUGGUCACCUCAGUCUUCUAUUUGGAUGACAUUCCGUGGAGAGAGAAGAACUGCAAUCCACAAGUCUGUCUUGAAAUGGGCAUUGACCCUUUCACAUUACUAGGUAUAACACCUCACUAAUCCAACCGACCUCUAACCAAAGCUUCUAGAACCGCAAGCAUGGAAACCCAACCCAUCCGACAGACUCCAUAUGACAAAAUCGACUUCAAAGCCCUCUCCAAAAAGGACUCCAACUUCAAGCAAAUCUUCCACAAAAGCAGCGGGCACCUCAACUUCCAAGACCCAGAAACAUGCAAGACGCUCACCAAAGCCCUGCUCAAGACAGACUUCAACCUAGAGCUUGACAUUCCGGAUGACCGGCUAUGCCCUCCCGUCCCUAAUAGAUGGAAUUAUGUCACUUGGAUCCAAGCACUCAUCGACUCAACAUCCCCAGACUACAAGGCUGGCUAUGACCCUGAACGGAAGGUAGUAGGUCUCGACAUCGGCACCGGCGCAUCCGCAAUAUACACCCUUCUCAUACUCCGCACUCGCCCAAACUGGCACAUGUGCGUCACCGACGUCGAUAAAAAGAGCUUCGACUUUGCGGCCCGGAAUCUGGCUCUCAAUAACAUGAUCACGCGCACCACGAUGCUGCAAACGACUGACUCCAUAAGCCUCAUCCCCCUGCAGUACCUCGGUGUAGAGAAACUCGACUUCACUAUCUGCAACCCUCCAUUCUUCAGCGACGAGAAGGAAAUGCGAGCGAGCAUGAAGGGAGAAAACAAAAACUGGAAACCCAACGCCGUAUGCACGGGCUCCGAGAAGGAAAUGGUGUGCUCCGGCGGUGAUCUAGGGUUCGUCACCAAGAUUGUCGAGGAGUCGCUCGUGCUCAGGGAGAAGGUCACGUGGUACAGCAGUAUGCUGGGGAAACUGAGUAGCACGAAACACGUAGUGGAGCUGCUGAAGAAAAACGGAGUCACGAAUUGGGCUGUCGGAUGUCUGGAGCCGGGUAGUGUGACAAAGAGAUGGAUGGUUGCGUGGAGCUUUGGGGAUAUGAGGCCACCUAAUCACCUUGCCCGAUUCGAUGGCAUAGCACAUGAGUAUCUGCCCUUCCCGACACGAUACAAGAUUCCACUACCCGAGGACUCCGACAUGACCAAGGCUUCGGAAACAAUCAAUGCCCAGCUUUCCACCCUAGACCUAUAUUGGACAUGGGACUCUACAACCCGCACUGGCAUUGGCAGGUCAUCACAAAACGUCUGGAACCGAGCGUACCGCCGUGAGCAGCAGAGAAAACGGAAGGCUGGCGAAGCCGACAUGCACGAUACGAACGCUGAACUGAAAGUUGCUCUUGCUCUCCGCAUACGAGUGUCUGAAGGUUCAUCGAAGGAAAUACUUAUUGAUUGGCUCCAAGGCGCGGAUGUCCAGCUUUGGGAGAGCUUCUGCGGUAUGGUGCACCGGCUGUUCAAGACGGCAAAGGAACAAGCUGGGAAGAGUUUGGAAGGUGGAGUGGAGGGUGGGGGGAGUGAGCCGUUCGUGCCACGAGCGAGAAAGGAGCGAUUUUAAGUGCUAGCGCUUUGUUGAGUGCUAGCACUCUGGUAAAGAGGGUGGGCCUAUUUAAUUACGCGUAUGGUUAUUAAUACCCUUGUGGGUAGAUACCUAACUUGCUCAGUGCUGGGCAUAAUCAUCCCG